UAACAUGAGUUCAAUACAAAACCACUCAAAUGUCAGACCCUUAAAAGCGUCAACAGAAUUUUUGUCAAGGUUUUUUUUCAACUGUACUAAGUAUAAAACCAAUACGAGGCAGUUUAGUAUUUUCAAAGCGUCACCAGAGUUUUUGUCAAUUUUUUCUUCAACUGUACUAAGUAUACAACCAAUAUGAGGCAGUUUAGUAUUUUCAAGCUGAAUGUUUUGAUUCUUUUUUUUUGGCUUCCAUUUGCCGUUGCUGUAGUUGCUGUUAUCUUUUUCUGAGUCACUCUCCCAUCAUCAUUUAACCACCCUGUAGUAGGAGGAAGUGGCUCAUUUAAUCAUUCUGUUCAUAAAUUUUUCUUAUUUUCCUUGUCCAACAUAGUUAUUAAUCCAAUGAUCUUAUUCAAUUCUUAUUCCAAUGAUCUUAUUCCAAGUUGCCAAGUUGGGUGGCCAGUCAGUUUACUCAGGGAUUGAAGACUGUGAUCUAGAAUUACAUGUAAACUGGUAGUAUGGUGAUUUUAAAAAAGAGGCAAUGCUUAAAAUGGCAUUUGAGCAAGGGGUUAGUGAUGAAGAGAGGUUUUGUAGGGGACAGUAGUUAUUCAGCUACUCAUGAUGUUGUUCCAAUGGAUCAACAGAAGGUUGAGGGAGUGCUAUGUCUCGUUUAGCCAUGUCCUCCCCUGUGCUGUUUUAUGUAGACGUAGCAACACCAACUUUUCAGGGGAGGUUCGAUUGAAUGCCAAGAAACCAGAACAUCCUGUCUGCUGUCUCCUGCACUCACGUCAAGGAUCUUACCAAUUAAGUUAGUGACGUUUGUCCCAGUGAGCCAAAUCCAGCGCAACCUGUCCUGCUGUGAUCCCAGCAGAGUGCAACUGCGCAGACUGGGUAAACGACCCGCCCUGUCAGAAGUCAGAAGAUAGUCUGAAGGAGUGUGGACGACAGGUCCUCGUGGCACUGCUGGCGUCAGGGAAAUGUUUGUCUCCGGAGAAGCCACUGAAGCCUGCAUGUUCAAAAGAAAUCUUAGUUUAUUCUGUGAACAAGCCAUCAAAGUAUUGCAACUCAUGUAUGGUUCUUUUCAGUGAGUGCACUUUCUGAAGUUAGAUUGCAGUUCACAGAAGAUAAGAACCAUUACAAAUGCAAGCGUUGUUUUUUAGUGUCUGUCUUGGAAUCAAAGAUUAUUACCUUGUACCUGUCAAAGUCUUGAAAGUGAAGGUUUUGAGAAGUGGUGAAAGUUACUGAAAGCACUUUCAGGGCCCCAACCCACUUAAAACCCAUGGAUCAGAGUCUGAAACCAUUGGUACCCCCGUCGUCUGGGGUUCCGGCGCAGGAAUCGGGAUGCAGCAACAAGGUCUUGGAGAGCCUGGACCGACUCGAAGGAACCCUGAAGGAGAUAGAAAAGACUUGCCAGAGCAAAGAUGCUGAGGUCUGGCACAAGCCUCGCAAGGACGGCAGAAAGAUCUAUGCCCGUGUCCGCUGCAAUGUAAUCCGUGUUGGUGAGAUCGACACAGUCAAGCAGGAGUUCUCGGCUGAGAUCUACCUUGCCGUGACCUGGAAAGAGCCAUCAGUCAAGGGCUUGACAAGGGAGGAUGUGGACUGGGAGGAGCAGUGGAACCCAUGUGUGUAUUUCUUCAAUGCCAUGAGCAUCGACAAGAUGGUGUGCAAACACAAUGUCAUCUACCCCGAGGGGGAGCCAGAUGGAAUCCCAGAUGCCCAGGUGUCAUACCGGAUGAAGGCCACCUUCAAGGCUAGCAUGAAACUACAUGACUUUCCCUUUGAUCAACAGGAACUGACCAUCAAGUUAAUGUCAGACUGGCCUUUUACUGAUGUGGAGUUUGUCAAGGACAUGAAUAUCAAAGAUUCCAUUCGAUUGGACACAUUCACUGCUGAUGAGGAGUGGGUGUUGAGUAAGCAUGUCGUUGCCCAGCCAGUCCUGGAAGACAAGGCCAAGACGGGCUCGCACCGGCAGUAUCCUCUCUAUUACCUCUCUAUGCACGUCAGGCGUAAGAGCGGCUUCUAUCUCUGGAACGUGGCACUCAUUCUUAUGCUGAUUCUGAUGCUGUGCUUCACAUGCUUCGCAGUCAGUCCUGAAGAGCCAGCAGAUAGACUGAGUGUAACAGUGACUCUGCUGCUCACUGCCAUAGCCUUCAAGUACGUGGUCUCACAGAGCCUGCCAACCAUCUCAUAUCUUACACUACUGGACAAGUAUGUGCUGUGCGGGCUGAUCCUGCAGUGUCUGAUUGUCAGCCAGAAUGCUGUGGCCUCACUGUUUGAUCCCCAAGAUCUUGCUCUCUUUGACAUCAUCUCCAUCUGCGUACUGGCUACCCUGGUGCUGCUGGUGCAAAUUAUAUUUAUACUUGCCAGUGCUGUGAAGUCAAGAAGAGUUACCAGCAAGCUUCAGAAGCACACCAAACAGUAUACAGAACUCUGCGACCAAAUCAACCAGAGCUGGCAGGCUCGCCAGCAGCAGCUUAAGGACCGUGAGAAGGAGAAGAAUGAGCAGUACACCGGGGAGAAAUUGCCGGCGCCCACCAUGGAGCAGACAGAUAUGACCUUGUUUGUGGGGGACAUCCCAGCUCAGUCCAGUAAUCUUUAAAAUGAAGUGGAGAGAAGCUGACAAAUGGCCAAGAGCAUUGUGCAAGCAGGGGACAAAUCAGCAACUCCCCUCACCCCCCCUCCCUCAUCCUUCUUCUGUUCUUCCUUUGUCCUGUUCAACCUCCAAACUUCAUUGUGUUCCCUGUGGGGCAGGGGAUUAUUUGUCAUGGGGUCUAUUGUCCCUAUUGUACUCUGUUUCCUGUUCUGUACCAGGACCUUUACAAGAAUACCCAAACCUGUUUUGGCAAUGAUGCGUCGUGAUUUUGUUUUAUUUGAGAAAAAAAUUCCCUUGCUCGUCAGUGAUUCCGAAAAGAAUUCUGAAGAAGCUAGGCAACUUAAUGAAAAAAAAUCAACUACCUGGGUGUGAAAUUGAUACAAGUUGUGGACAGUUUGAAUGCAGCACUGCUGAGCUGCUUUCUGGUUUUCAGCUUCUAGUCUGGCCUCGCCUCCCUCUCUGGUUACAUAAUGGUUUUCAGCCAUUCAUUGUCUGAAUUGGUGAAAUGCGUUAAAGUCUUCCCUGUCAACAGGAACAUACCAAGUUGUCCAUUUUCUCCAACCUGAUGUAGCUGAAAAUAACGCUUGUAGUCAGCUUGAAGGCACCUGGCACGGGUUUUGUAUGCACAUUGCAAAGUGGAAUCUUUGUUUAAAAACACUUCCACUGUCCCAGUUUUGAUGGUCACCUUCCGACAGUUUUGCUUUCAAAAUUUCAAUCCGCUCUUCAUCCAGUUAUAUUUGUGUGAACAGGAGGGUCUCAACUUAGAAUAAAUUCAUCACCUUCAAACCUGACGUUCCACAUAAAGCUGAGGUUUUGAAAAUCCAUUUCUCUCCAGCGUUAGUGUGGGUUGCAUUUAUCAUUGUUCUGUUUGUUUUUAUUGCUGUUGGUGGGGGUGGGAUGGGGCGGGGGAGAGGGGUAAUGAAGGGUUGGCUCUUUAAAAUUACAAAUGGAGUAUAAGAAUUGAAACAUUCAGUUAUGCUGUCUGUAUAAACAAGAUUUGAAGAUUUUUUUAUGAAGACAGUGACAACAGGAAUUUUUUUGGCAGCAUCAUGUAAUAUUUUUGGGUUAUGCAACUUUGGAAAUUAUGUUAACUUGACAUACAGCACAGGUUGAGGCAGUUGUUUUUGGUGAAAAGUCAGGUGAAGUCUGAACUUGUGUGAAAUUCUUUUUUGCCAUUUCUGUUAAAGCAGUAAAAAAUAAUUUCCCGUUAAAUUUACAUACACUCUCAAGCUGAAAGGAGAAUUGUGUUUUCAGAAUACAAUAAAGCUUUUGAAAGGACAACAGUGA